UUAGUUCGCUGUGAGAAGCGUCGGGCUACAGACCACACUAAAGGUGACCAGCUGAAACAUUAUAUCGGGGAUAGGUUGUUUUUUUUUAUAUAUAUCACCGAGAAGAGAAGAAAACGCCGGAAAGAAAUAACCAACUCGUUAAAAUGCAAAAGGUUUUACUCUUCCUGACCAUUGUCAGCCUGUGCAACGGUUGCCAUGCUUCGGAUUAUUUUUCAUCCAUCACAGGAUUGGAGCAAUUAUUGCAAACGGAAAACAUUUUAAUGCGGGACUUAAAUGCUAAAUUGCAAUCAACUAAAGUGCAAUUGCAGCAGCUGGAGAGCGAAUUAUCGGCCAUUGAGUUUGAACAGGAAUUGGCUUUAAAGGACACAGAGAACUAUUUAACCAAUCCAGUGAAUGUUUAUCGAUUGAUGAAACGUCUCAACACCGACUGGAUGCAGGUGGAGGGCCGUAUAGUCGAUAUGAGCCAUCAAUUGGCCUUUAACCUUAGCCAACGCUAUAAUGAUGGUCUAAGUUUCCCCAGCCAGGAGGAUGUCGAGGGAGCAGCUUUGGCACUGGUGCGCCUGCAGAGCACCUAUAAAUUGGAUGUGGCACAAGUGGCCGCUGGUAUACUGAAUGGCAUUAAAUAUGGCACCGACAUGAGCUGGCAGGACUGCUUUGUGCUGGGUCAACAACUCUUUGAAAUGGAGGACUACAACAACACCAAAGUGUGGAUACGCGAGUCGAUGGAACGUUUGCGACGACAAAAUAAGCCCAAGCCCCUGCCUCAGAUGGAAACGCUUAACAGCAUGGAGCUCGUGGCAAAGAGUUUGUUCCAAAUGGGCGACUUUGACACGGCAUACGAGUUGAGUCAGCGGGUGCUGGAGUUCGAUCCGCGUCGCAUACGGAAUUGGCACUUGGGUGACAAGGGGGCCGCAGUGAAUGAGGAGGAGGAGCCACAGAGGGAUGCCUUGCUGCCAAAGCAUUCGGAUUCAUAUAGUCUCACGCAGGAGUUUGCCCACUAUGAGAAAGUGUGUCGGGGAGAGGUUGAACCCUCCCCGGCCCAGCAGCGUCCCCUGCGUUGUCGUUACUCACAAGGAAACCAUCCAUAUCGGCAAUUGGCUCCGCUCAAAAUGGAAGAGCAUAGCCUGGAUCCAUUUGUGGUUACCUACCAUGACAUGCUAAGUCCGAAUAAAAUCGCACAACUUCGGGAAAUGGCUGUCCCUCAUAUGAGGCGUUCGACUGUAAAUCCUCUGCCCGGUGGCCAGAACAAAAAGUCAUCGUUUCGCGUCAGCAAGAACGCCUGGUUGGCCUACGAAACGCAUCCCACCAUGGGCAAAAUGUUGCGUGACCUGAGCGACACCACCGGCUUGGAUAUGACCUACUGUGAGCAAUUACAGGUGGCCAAUUAUGGCGUUGGUGGUCACUACGAACCGCAUUGGGACUUUUUCCGCAAUCCUGACCACUAUCCUGCCGAGGAGGGUAAUCGGAUUGCCACCGCCAUAUAUUAUCUUUCCGAAGUGGAGCAAGGAGGAGCCACAGCCUUUCCGUUUCUCAACUUCGCCGUUCGACCGCAGCUAGGCAACGUAUUGUUUUGGUACAAUUUGCAUCGCUCUUCGGACAUGGACUACCGCACCAAGCAUGCUGGCUGUCCAGUCCUAAAGGGUAGUAAGUGGAUUGGCAACGUUUGGAUACACGAAGUUACACAGACCUUUGCCCGACCCUGUGAUGUCUUCCGGGACCAUGAAGUUUCAUUAGAAUACGAGAUAAUAAAAUAAAUAAUUGUUGUGCA